UGAUUCUGGCUGUUACAUAGUUUUAUUUUAUUUUCAUUCCGGUCUUAUUAACAGAAGUUAUAAGACCUCCGCCAGUGUUUUUUCGUUGCAAAUAAAGAAAGAAAUCUAAAAGUAAAGAAGACGAGGUUGUAGAGAAGGUAUCAUGAGCUACGUGUACUCCCGUAAACCCAAGAGUUUGGCCAGCGCGUUGUAUAACCAUCCUAUGCCCCAGUUGAUGCAGGGCACUGUGUGUAGAAAUAUUUGUUUGCGAAAGGAGAAGUCAAAGAAGUUUAAGACCAGCAUUUUUAGAAGACAUAUCAAGAUGCCUACUGUCGUGACAGUCACUUGGUUGGGAGCCUAAAGGGUUACAAUUUCAACUAGAGCUCAAGAAGAGUUCGAAGAAUUCUAUUCAAAAUGGUUGGUCAAAAGAUCAUCUGUGCGAGUGGCACCGACAAUCUCGGAUAUCAAAACAACAAUUUAUACACCAAAAGAUAUGGUUUUUUCGCAAACGAGUCACAGGACUCAAAGUAUUUUGAAAGUGGUAGACAUAGAUCGCAUAAAGAAAGAGAAUCAGGAGAACGGCCUGAACGGAGUAAUCGCCGACGGACCAACCGCAACGCCCCAGCCUCACUGCAGCUUCGCCGAGGUGAGUACUCACGAGUAUCUGAAACCGGAGCCAGUGUUCGAGAGCAAUAUGUAUCACGACACGGACUACGAGUUCUUCCAAGAACUGGCUGGGUGGUGCUCCGAUCCCGCCAAGGAAGAACAAGUACAAACCAUUGAUUCAGCAAAACAAAUUGAAGACAGGGCAUUCAACACUGACACACUACACACACCACUGUCCCCCGGUUGGGACAGCUUCGACGCCAACGUCGCCGCACAGGCGAGCUUCUACACCACGACGCCCAACGACCCGCUGUCGCCGGCCGAGGGCGUCGAUGCGAUGUUCGCCCUUCCGGAGACCGAGCAGUUCGUCGACAUCGCCAGCCUGCCCGUGGUCAUCGACCAGCAGGAGCCGUGGGCCGGCUGGGACACGUACACUAAACCCCUUACACACGAUACGCCCUUCAUCGAUGACGACUCCCAGGACCUGAAGUACAUGGCGUCGGUGACGCCGAGCGAGGUGGAGCGCUGCGACGACGUGAUCACAGAGUACAUCGUGGCUCCACGGAAACACGCGGGCCUGUCGCUGGACGUGGCGGCGCGGCCCGCGCUGGCCAGCCACGUCAUCAGCACGCCCGAGGUGCUGUCCUUCGUCGAGCAACUAGAGCAGGAGAAACACCCCCUCGCUGUCUUGAAAUCUCGGCAGCAAACUCUGGCACAGGAGACUUUCUUGUCUCCGCUGGCAGCGGCGCCGGCUCCGCUGGACUACCAGCCCAUCACACCCAAGAGUGAACCUCAGCCCGACUCCGAGGAGGAGGCUGCCGCCAGGGUGUCCCGGCGGCGCCGCCGCAGCGAGGACAGCGACGAGGAGUAUUCACCACAUCAGGAGCGCACCACCCCCAGAAAAUACAAGAGGAGAAAGCCCAACAUACCUAUAAAGGACAUGAUCUUGGCGCUCGAGGGCUCGCAGCAGCUCACGAGGGCCCGCAGAGGACGCCCUCCCAAGCGGAGAGACAGCGCCGUCUCCAACGCGUGUAGCGAGAACUCCUCUAUGUCCACGCAGGACAUGAAGUACAGGGAACUGAGGGACAAAAACAACGAGGCGUCCAAGCGUUCCAGGAUGCACAGGAAACUGAAGGAACUCCAGAUGGAGCAGGAGGCCGACGAACUCGAGGAGAAGAACAAGAAGCUCCGAGUCCAGGCCGGCAUCCUGGAGGAGAUGGCCAAGAGGCUGAAGGAUGCUCUGCUCACGUCGAUCAUGCAGAAAUAAUCGGGCCCCGCUCGACCUGAUCGCGUCUCUAGUGCCUUGCACUCUAAACAUACGCUAGUCUGCCACGCUCACAGCACGGGUGACGCCUCUUGGCCAGUACAACUAAUAUAUUAACGAGUAAUUAUUAGUGCGAUGUACCUCGUGUGAAAAUGGAUGGGACUGGUGCCAUGCACAUAGCAUGUGUCUUUAAUAUGUUAUGUUCGCAAUCAUUGGAUUGUAUAAAAACAUGGAAAUGAAAAAAAAAAACUAGAUUUGACUCUUAGACUUAAGAUUUAAUUACUUUAGAGCUUACAUUUAUCUUAUGUCGACAAUGUCUCGUAUACUGAUAAUUUUAUCUUCCUAGAAUUAAAUGAAAAGAAAAAUAUAAUAUAUCUUGAAUAAGUUGAAAAUGUCGUGUAAUUAGGUCUCUAUAGAGUUGUAAAUUGUCGACAUUGAAUACUAAUCGUAAAAUCUUAAUAUUGAAUUGCUUACUUCUGUAAAAUAUUGCAUGGUAAUGUGAUGGUUUUAAGUUGUUUUUUUUCUAUAUGUUAUCAAUGAAAGUAAAUAUUAUGAUUGUGAAUUGAAA